AUGUCAACUUUGAAUAUCUCUGAAGGCAUGGUCUCCACUUUUCUCCUUGUUGGAAUCCCAGGACUGGAGCAUAUUCACAUCUGGAUAGCCAUCCCCAUAUGCCUCAUGUACAUCACUGCUGCUCUUGGCAACUGUACUAUCCUCUUCAUCAUCAAGACAGAACCUUCACUUCAUGAGCCCAUGUACUAUUUCCUAUCAAUGCUGGCCAUCUCUGACAUGGGCCUGUCCUUCUCUUCUUUACCCACCAUGCUAAGGGUCUUUUUGUUCAAUUCCCCUGGAAUCUCCCCCAAUGCCUGCUUUACUCAGGAGUUCUUUAUUCAUGGCUUCACUGAUAUGGAGUCCUCAGUGCUGCUGAUCAUGUCUUUUGAUCAUUUUUUAGCAAUCCGCAAUCCCCUAAGAUACAGCUCCAUUCUUACUAGUGUUAGAGUUACACAGUUAGGACUAGUGCUUGCUAUUAAGAGUAUGCUCUUAGUCCUUCCCCUCCCUUUCAUUCUAAAGAGGCUGAUCUAUUGUAAGAAAAGACUUCUCUCUCACUCCUACUGUCUGCACCAGGAUGUCAUGAAACUGGCAUGCUCUGACAAUAGGAUCAACUUUAUCUAUGGCUUUUUUGUUGCCCUUUGCAUGAUGUCUGACUUGGUGUUUAUUGUGAUUUCAUACAUGUUCAUCUUAAAAACAGUAAUGGGCAUUGCAUCCCAUGGGGAACGUCUCAAGGCCCUCAGCACCUGCAUCUCCCACAUAUGUGCUGUACUAAUCUUCUAUGUGCCCAUCAUCACCUUGGCUGCUAUGCAUCGCUUUGCCAAACAUAAGUCUCCCUUGACAAUGAUCAUCAUUGCUGAUGUCUUCCUGAUGGUCCCCCCUUUAAUGAACCCUAUAGUAUACUGUGUGAAGACACGGAAAAUCCGUGAGAAGAUUCUAGGAAGACUUGUAUUGAAGUGA